CUGCAAAAAGUUAACUUUUUUUCCCUUUCAUUUUCAGUGACCGGAAUUUUUCAUUUCAUAGAUUGGAUUCCUGAUCUUGAAAACUCACAUUUUGAAAGAUAUCAACCAUGUUCUCUUUAUGUAACAACAAACAUUUUCUAGUGAGUUCCCGUGGUAAAGUGAAAAAUAAUUGUUCAAAUUCUUAUAGAUAUAAGGAAAAUAUUUGAUUCUGAGAUAUUAGGUGAAACUGGACAAAUAUAAGUCUACCCUUCUUCAAGUUGACUCUUUAUAUCAUCUCUGAUAUAAUCACCAGGAAAAAAAAUUAAAUGGCCCCUGAAGUGGAAAAUUUGACUUGGAAAUUCCUCAAAAUCCAAUAUGUCUGCCAUAUGUAUGAAACUUUGCAACAGCAGUAGUAAUAAUAUGUUUGUUCAUACUUUGAAUAUUUUACUACAAAUAUGCUAGUACAGAAAUUACUUUUUACUUUUACUUGAGCAAAAAUAUGUUCAAGAAUUGCUUCUCUGAGGCUACUUAAGUACAGCUUUUGGGCACCAGUGAUGUGGAAACGAAUCUCUUGUAAUUCCACUUUGACCUGGCAGGGGGCGGUGUAGACCACUAUGCCUGUACAGUAACAUGGCGGUCUGAUGUAAGGAUAUUGUAGGUUUGAUUUUUCAGAUGCAACGGGACCGACACUGGAGUGUACAGUUAAUCGAAGUUGAACAAUGCCCUAUAGAUGACGAAGCAUAUUGCAGGACAACCCUCACAUAAAUAACCUGGAGCCAAUGGAUCCCGUUGACUCUGGACAAGGGCUGGAUACGCCAUCACAGCAGGAUAGUUAUUUGUCUUCUAGCUCAAGAGGACGACAACGAAAGAGAAAUUCUAAGUAUGUUGAUUUUGAAACCGAUGACACAGAUAUUGUUAAAAGCGUCAAACAGAAAUCCACUCGAAAGUCAGUGGGGAAAAGAGCAACCUCUCGAAAGACUCCCACAAAACCGAGAAAAACUCAAACACCUGAACAACACACCACAAAUGGAGAAGAAGAAUCACCACAAACAAUCCCUGCAGACUCUGUUGACACAGUAAUAACUCCUAGAAAACCAAAAAGACCCAGAAAAACACAGCCUGCAGAAACUGCCUCUGCUGCUGGGGACCUGCCGACUGGAGAAACUGGAGGCGGUGUUGUAGAAAAUUCUGUCCAGCAGGAAAAUGGGUCACUGAAGCCGAAAAGAAAGUAUGUCAGAAAGAAGCCUGUAGAGGAAGUUAAAGACCCUCCGGAUGAAGAAAAACCAGAUCCUCCUGCUGAACCCGAUGAGGAGGUCCAGACUGGGGGCCGUCGCCGGAGAGGAGCUGCUAAAGCGGCGCUGAAGUACCUCCAACUUUUAGCCAAAGAGGUUUUCUCUCAUCCCAGAGAUGAAGUCGACUCCAAGCUGCACGAAGACGAAGGAUCCGAACAGAAAUCUUCCAAACGGACAAAAGGUCGAAAGAGAAAAGUUGAUGACGUUGAGAAAGACUUUGUGCCAAAUAUGGAAGACGAAGAAGCCGAUGAGGAAGAGGAAUAUGAGGAAGUGUCAGAUGCUGAAUCAGAUUUUGGGGAACCAGAGAAAUUUCAUCCAGUUUUUCACCAACCAAAGAGCUCAAAUGGAAAACCUCACAACGGAAUCGACUUUAAUACCAUCAGAACAAUUCUGGAUUCUGCUGAGAUGACAAAAAAAUUCCGGGAAGAGAACCACAGCAGCUGGGUGUUUCCAGAAUGGGUUCCUUCCACUAACAACUGGGAGCCUGUACCAGAAAAUGAAUUAGAAAAAUACCUUCCUCAAGAACUGGAGUCUGCUGCCUUCAAAGUGUCCAGAGACAAUCUGAACCAGGAAGAGACGCCGCUGCUGAGACUCAGCAGGUUUGAGUCGAUGGCAGCUCACCCGGGCUUCUGGGACAUGUUUCUGUUUGCUGGUGGACCCGUCUGGGCCCUGGAGUGGUGUCCCACCCCGGACGGCGCUCCGGCCUCCCAGUACAUCGCUCUGGCUUGCCAUCGAGGGAUGGAUGACAUGCACUAUGUGAACCAGACCUACUCAGAACCCGGACUGGUCCAGCUGUGGGACUGUGGCAAACUGGAGUACAACAAGAGACCAGACUCUCAGCCCUCCCUGGCUUACGGUUUGGCUCAGGACAAAGGCUUCAUCUGGCAGUUAAAGUGGUGUCCAGCAGGAGGCUGGGAGCUUCCUGACUCUGUCAGAAAGGCUCCUUUCUUGCCCAGGCUGGGCCUGCUGGCUGUCGCCACGUCCAGCGGCGUGGUCACCAUCUACAGCCUGCCUCAUCCUGAUGCUCUGCUCUCAAACACAAAACUCGCACACCCUGAAAGAAACGAUGAAAAACCACCAAUUUACAAGGCGCGAGGCGUGAUUACCCUGAAACUGGGCUGCAUCAAAUCUCCUCGUGCCGAAAGGAGCGGACAGGUUCUGUCUAUGGACUGGCUUCCUCAGAAACCACACAACAUAAUGGCUGUUGGAUUCUACGAUGGUGUUGUUGGACUCUUCGAUCUUUGUACAAAAUCUUCCCUGUUGCGAGUCAGAGAGCCAGACCGGUCUUUGACUCUGCUGCCCUAUCGAUCGAUACUCGCUCACGACAACGCCGUCAGAGCUCUGGUCUUCUGUCCUGCAUCCAGAUACUUGUUGACAUCAGCGGGUGAGGACCGCUGCUUGAAGACGUGGGAUCUGAGGAGGCUCGGUAACAUGGUCAAGGUCCAGAAACGCUACCUGACCACUGAGCUCUGCUGGCCGCUGGACUCACCUGGGGUUCUGGUUGCCCAGGAAUCUGCCUUCGUACCGAGGAGUUCAGUUGGAGUUCAUUACGUUGAUCACUACCUGCGCUCAUACUUUGCAAUUCCUCGGAGUACAUCUGUAUGGUCCUUGUCUUACUCUGAUUGGCUGCACACCGUGAUGUCAUCAGAUAUGCUCGGCGAACUGAUUCUCGCCAUCUUACCGCUGCCCAACUGCUCUGUCAAGAAAACAUCCUCGAGACGUUUUCCUGCCUACAUCACAUCUAUGGAGCCUUAUGAAGCACAAGAAGGUGAGGAAGAGGAAGGACAGGAAGCAGGAGAGACAGUAAACGAUGAAGACAACGGAGAUUCUCGUCUUCACCUGCAGUUUCAGACGUACAAACAGGCUGUUAAGAAAUACUACCUGCACUUUAAAGACUUGGACAUGCGAUGCCUGACAGGACUCAGUAAGCACGCUUUGUGGAAACACAUGCAGAGCACAGAAUUAACUGCAGUUGUGAGCCUGGAUGACAUGCCGCUGGCUGCUCUCUACCAGGCCCGGUUCAACCCGAACAUGAGCAGCCAUGUGUGGGUUGGUUCUGCGGGUCAGACGGGCCUGGUGCGGCUCCACUGUGCGAGGUCGUUCAUCACCCCACAACUCAAGACCAUGAUCAGUAAUCAUCAGGCCCAGUUCAGCGCGCUGUACUCGGUCCAGAACCGCAGCGGCGGCGUCCAGACGGCAGCGGAGCAGCGAGAGCAACACGGUUUAGCUCACUGCACAUGACGUCAGUCGGUCCUGGAUCCACAACAAAACCUCAAUAAAUCUGAUCUGGGUUUAAAUGCA